UCGACAUAAGCCCACUCCGGUCGCACUAACCGAUUACAGCUGUGGCGUCCGUGUCAAUUUCACACAUUUUUAUUUUUCUCUGUUUCUUCGUGCGUUUGUCAAUUAUUAUAAUUAAAAUUCACAGUCGAUAUGGAGCCAAUGAACCUGGGCAGCCCGGUCAACAGUCCCGGCUCCAACCAGACCCAGUAUCUGCCACCUUUCCUGCUCGGCGAUCCGCAAGGUAUCACGCCGCACAAGAACACGCUGUCCCCGAAAACCGGGCGCUCUAAUAUCAGUUUCGCCACCUCGCCCGGCGGCAGCAGUCCACACGAGCUCAACCGCACCGCUCUGAGCACACGUACUCUGUUCGCCGCCCAAGGAGGCGGGUCGAUGGGUCCCAAUGUCUCGCACACGGUUGUGGGCUCCAACAGCUCAACGCCCGCGCACGGCCUGUCGCACAGCCACCACCAGACGGGGCCGCCCACCCAGGGACUCUUCGACUCGCUGCGCGAACAGUCCGUCACGCCGAAGAAGAAGAACCAUCUUGGCAUGCUGCAGUUUCAGUCGCCGAACCAGAGCUACCAAAGCAGCUAUCACACGAAUGACUCGUUCGCACCCAUCAAUGCCACCAAUGCCUCGAUGCGGGCACUGUGCUCGCCACUGGGAGCCACUGCCUUGCCAGCUGGAGGCCUGAGUACAUCCAUGACGCCGGGCGGCAGUUCGCGCAUAUCCGACUUAUGGGUUACCAUCUUCGGGUUUCCGCCGGGGGCCAACUCCAUGGUGCUGCAGCACUUCACCGUCUGCGGCACCAUUGUGGACGUGGUUCAUGCCCCGCAGAAUGGCAACUGGAUGUAUGUGCGCUACUCCUCGCGCAUCGAGAGCGACAAGGCGCUGAACUACAAUGAAAAAGUCAUCGCCGGCAAUGUGAUGGUGGGCGUGUCGCGCUGCACGGAGCGCUCGGUGCUCGAUAAGGAGAACAUCGGCUUUGCGGCCAAUGCAGAGAUAGGAGAUCCCCCCGCCAGUCCGAGUGUGAUUCGACCCUUUUCCCAGCAGUCGUACAAGCUGGUCCGCAAAGAAGCCAUCAUAUCGCCGAAAAGCGAUGCGCCGCAGAAGAGCUCCGGUCUGGUGAACAAGGCCAUGGACCUGAUAUUCGGCUGGUAAGAAGGGCUGAUGGCAAAUCGGAUGGAUGGAUAGAUGGAGUUUCCGGCUACUUAUUUAAUAAUUCACUGCCUACAUCCAGCAUACAUACAUAUACAUACUUAUUAAAUGGAGAUAUAAUAGCAA